AUGAUUGCUGAUGAUGAUCAUACAAUUUUAUUCGAUCCAUCAUCCUUAUCUAUCAGUGUAAAUAAGGUUCGAUCAACAACUGUUCAACUUGUUACGCCUCCUGGUCAAUAUGUGAAUAUUACAUUUCUCUAUGGAAAUAAUGAUGAAUUAACAUUAAAUACACAUGGCUAUAUAGAUCCAUUACCAAAUAUUACAUUUAAUCAACAUAUCACAACUCAACAAAUUCACAUUAAAGCGAGAAAAGCGGGACAUUUGAUUAUUGGUGCUCAAUCAGAAGAACUAAACAUAACUCAGCGAGAUUUUGUAAGAAUUGAAAUAAGUAAAAGUUCAACAUUAAAUGUAUUUAUACAAAUUAUUGGAUGGAUGUAUUUUCUAGCCUGGUCUAUAUCAUUUUAUCCACAAAUAAUUUUAAAUUUUAAACGAAAAAGUGUUAUUGGUUUAAAUUUUGAUUUUUUAACAUUAAAUAUAUUAGGACAUUUUUGUUAUUCUGUAUUUAAUGUGACUUUAUAUUCAUCAUCAGCGGUACAAUCUGAAUAUUAUCAUGCACAUCCACAUGGUGUUAUUCCUGUAUUAUUAAACGAUGUUGUAUUCGCUUGUCAUGCUGUAUUUGCAUGUUUAGUAACCAUAUUUCAGUGUUUAUUUUUUGAACGAGGUAAACAACGGGUCUCUUACACCACUCGUAUAAUAAUUAAACGUAAAUUUCAAACUUUAACAUUAUUAUACUUUUAUUCUUAUGUAAAACUUUUAAUAACAUUGCUUAAAUAUUGGCCUCAGGCUUGGUUUAAUUAUCGUCGAAAAUCAACAGAAGGUUGGUCUAUAGGAAAUAUAUUGCUUGAUUUUACUGGAGGAGCAUUAAGUUUACUUCAAAUGUUCAUGUUAGCUUAUAAUUUUAAUGAUUGGACAUCUAUAUUUGGAUCACCCACAAAAUUUGGUCUUGGAGUAUUGUCAAUAUUUUUCGAUCUUAUUUUUAUUAUUCAACAUUAUUAUCUCUACAGACAACCAAUUGUUUCCGAUUCGUUUAUCCGUAUUGAACGUUGGUUAGAACAUAAUGCCCCUCAUGUGUCGAAGAAAUUGAAUUCACCUGUUCUAGCACCAGAAUUACAAAAAGCGGAAAAAGAACUAGGUGCACAUUUUCCACAAUCUGUUAAAGAUGCUUAUCUGAUUCAUAAUGGUGAAUCAACAGAUUCUGAAGGUAUUUUUGGACUAUGGCGUUGGUUACCUUUAAAAGAAAUUGUCGAAUGGAAUAAUGAACAAAAACGACGAGAACGAAAAUAUCAAUUUGGCGAUUUUAAACCAUCGUUUAUGAUUCCUCUAUUGGAAUCGGCAGAUGGAAAUCUAAGAUAUGUUGAAACAUCAGAUGAAACCGGCGAAGAAGAAACACCGGUAAUAGAGUGGUCCCACGAUAAUCCAACUCGAGAUGUUAAAUAUGGUAGUUUCUCAACUUAUUUAUCAACAUUUGCUGAUCGAUUGGAAGCGGGCGAGUUUAUUUACAAUACAAAAGAACAUUUAGAAGGACUUAUGUCAAAAACUUGA